AGCAUUGCAACUAAUGCUGCUUUCCUAGGGGCUCCAACUUCUAGGUAGGGUCGCACUGGGGUAAUUCUAAUCAUCCCCUGGCACAAAGAACUGCGCCUUGGAACGAGCACCGCGAUCAUGACUCGACCAGUGUAGUCGACUUGUCCAAGGAUCGAUUGGACAUCAAUUCACGCUUGAAGAAGCCGAUGUAUAACAGAAGUGCCGCAGUCAUCAGGAACGCUGCAGCAACAAAGGCAGCAACAGGCGCGAGGAUAAAUAUUUGAAAGAACAACGUGCGUCUCCCACCCAAAAUGCGCCCCGGCAAUGGAACGUAUUACAAUGCGAGUCCCUGCCCUCUUGGCCGGGAACCUGAUCGGACAAGAACGGCCAGCGCCGAUGUUGUCCAUUGGCCUCGUGGGAGGAAAAGAAGAGAAGGACGAUUGGGGAGGAGAGGAGGGAGGAGGGGGAGGAGGAGAGGAGAGGAGGAGAGGAGGACUGGACGCGGGGCGCCGUCUGUGCAAAGCGAGAACACCGCACCACAGGGUGGCUCGGACAGCAACAAAUGAGAACCAAGAACCCGUCUCCAAGAUACGUCCGAAGAGGCCUCACGAGAGAUACGCGCAGGCAUCCAAGAGGCCUCGGACCUACGACCUAGGACCUAAGCACGGCUGAGGGAUACGCCGAAGGCCACAAGACAAGGCUGGCGCAGUUUGCACAGGCUGGCCUGUCUGGAACCAACGUGUGGCACAACUAUCUUACUGGAUAAAUGGUUGAACUAGCAUCCUACUGCUUGUGAGCAGGAAAGGAAGCAGGCGUGGCAGAGUCAAAGAGCAGGUGAUCUCCUCCCCCCUUUCUCAUGAAAUCCACCUCCGCCGUCCAAAGCCUGCACCUACAACAUCUCGAAUCAAGGAUAAUCAAAACUACCGAACAGUAUGUGCCGUCGAUGUCGCUGCAUGGCUGCUCAGUAUCGCGUGCACGCGUGAGGUAAAACUUCGCGUGGCAUCCUACUGCUUGUGUGCAGCAGG